AAACGGAACCGAGGUUGCGGGAGCAGCCAAACGCGGCGAGUCUUGCUAGAGCCGUCGCCGUAGCAACGCGCGGAGCCGCCUGGGAGAGGCCUCUGGAGCAGGAGGCCGAGUGGCUCUUCUGACCCGAGGCCCCGCUGUCCAGCUGGCGGGCUGUGGCCUCUAGGGAUCAGGGACUACUUACCUGCGAAGCCUGGUUAUCCGCCCGCCAGCACGUCCGUUCCCUAAGCAGACCGCCUGGCCUGUUGUCUGACCCGUCUUCUCACCGUGGCCCGGAGUCUGACCUGCCCACACUCAGUCCACUAACGAAGCUAUCCCUGCGCCUGCCCCACAGCGUCUAAGUGCCAGAUGAUGGAGGAGCGUGCCAACCUGAUGCACAUGAUGAAACUCAGCAUCAAGGUCUUGCUGCAGUCGGCUCUGAGCCUGGGCCGCAGCCUGGAUGCGGAGCAUGCGCCCUUGCAGCAGUUCUUUGUGGUGAUGGAGCACUGCCUCAAACACGGGCUGAAAGUUAAGAAGAGUUUUAUUGGCCAAAAUAAAUCUUUCUUCGGUCCUUUGGAGCUGGUGGAGAAACUUUGUCCAGAAGCGUCAGAUAUAGCGACUAGUGUCAGAAAUCUUCCAGAAUUAAAGUGAGUGAGAAGUAGUUAUGCCGAUUUGAUGAUUUUUAAAACUCCCUCAUAUUUACUCAUUUCUCAAUUCCUUGCUGAUGAAAAACAUAUUUUACACGAGUUCUAUGAGCCUGAGGCUUUAAUGAUGGAGGAAGAAGGGAUGGUGAUUGUCGGUCUGCUGGUGGGACUCAAUGUUCUCGAUGCCAAUCUCUGCUUAAAAGGAGAAGACUUGGAUUCUCAGGUUGGAGUAAUAGAUUUUUCCCUCUACCUUAAGGAUGUGCAGGAUCUUGAUGGUGGGAAGGAGCAUGAAAGAAUUACUGAUGUCCUUGAUCAAAAAAAUUAUGUGGAAGAACUUAACCGGCACUUGAGCUGCACAGUUGGGGAUCUUCAAACCAAGAUAGAUGGCUUGGAAAAGACUAAUUCAAAGCUUCAAGAAGAGCUUUCAGCUGCAACAGACCGAAUUUGUUCACUUCAAGAAGAACAGCAGCAGUUAAGAGAACAAAAUGAAUUAAUUCGAGAGAGAAGUGAAAAGAGUGUAGAGAUAACAAAACAGGAUACCAAAGUUGAGCUGGACACUUACAAGCAAACUCGACAAGGUCUGGAUGAAAUGUAUAGUGAUGUGUGGAAGCAGCUAAAAGAGGAGAAGAAAGUCCGGUUGGAACUGGAAAAAGAACUGGAGUUACAAAUUGGAAUGAAAACUGAAAUGGAAAUUGCAAUGAAGUUACUGGAAAAGGACACCCACGAGAAGCAGGACACACUAGUUGCCCUCCGCCAGCAGCUGGAAGAAGUCAAAGCGAUUAAUUUACAGAUGUUUCACAAAGCUCAGAACGCAGAGAGCAGCCUGCAGCAGAAGAAUGAAGCCAUCACAUCCUUUGAAGGAAAAACCAACCAAGUUAUGUCCAGCAUGAAACAAAUGGAAGAAAGGUUGCAGCACUCGGAGCGGGCGAGGCAGGGGGCCGAGGAGCGGAGCCACAAGCUGCAGCAGGAGCUGGGCGGGAGGAUCAGCGCCCUGCAGCGGCAGCUCUCCCAGCUGCACGAGCAAUGCUCAAGCCUAGAGAAAGAACUGAAAUCAGAAAAAGAGCACAGACAGGCUCUUCAGCGCGAAUUACAGCACGAGAAAGACACUUCCUCUCUACUCAGGACGGAGCUACAACAAGUGGAAGGAUUGAAAAAGGAGUUGCGGGAGCUUCAGGACGAGAAGGCAGAGCUGCAGAAGAUCUGCGAGGAGCAGGAGCAAGCCCUCCAGGAAAUGGGCCUGCACCUCAGCCAGUCCAAGCUGAAGAUGGAAGAUAUAAAAGAAGUGAACCAGGCACUGAAGGGCCAUGCCUGGCUGAAAGAUGACGAAGCGACGCACUGUAGGCAGUGUGAGAAGGAGUUCUCCAUUUCCCGGAGAAAGCACCACUGCCGGAACUGUGGCCACAUCUUCUGCAACACCUGCUCCAGCAACGAGCUGGCCCUGCCCUCCUACCCCAAGCCAGUGCGAGUGUGCGACGGCUGCCACACCCUGCUCCUGCAGCGCUGCUCCUCCACGGCCUCCUGAGCGUCCGUCCUCGGGAGCACAGCCUCGCGGACAGCGCCAAACCCUGUGGGUCUCCAGGGGCUUGGGAAUUGUGUUCUUUCCCAAGAGAAUCGAAGGAAAGAAUCAAAUUUCUCGCCCGGCCACUGGCACUCCAGAAGACAGCGUGCCAGAACCAGCAGCUCUCACCGUGCCGUGAUUCGCUCGGAAUUAACUCCUCUGGAUGGAAACUUCCAUCUUACGGCUCUGGUUCAGAUACAACGUCAUGAUUUUGCUACUAUCAUUUUUCACUUUUCAAAGAAUUCAACCUGUUUUACAGCAGUUCAGUUCUGCUAGUGAGUAGUUUCCCUCUCCCACCUCCCUUCUGAAAACCUGACUCGUGUACAGCGUUUGACACACAUGGGGUCUGUCUGUGCCUUCUCUGCUUCAGUCAAGAAAUCUGCCAUUUCAUGCCCUUGUGACUGCCUAUCGUUGGUCCGGCAAUAAAAUCAUUUAUUUUUCACUCUG